AUGGCCGACGGUCUGAUCUCCAGUGUUGUGAAAGAUCUGAUCAACAUCCUGAAGCACCAAGCCCAGGAGCUAAAAAGAGCUUUGGGUGUGGAGAAGGAGAUCACAAACCUCUCAUCAAAGCUCGAGAAAAUCUGUGUGGUAUUGGAUGAUGCAGAGAAGAGAAGCUUUAAGGAAAAUGGCAUCAAGCUCUGGACCCAAGAUAUCCAACACUUCUCCUACCAAGUGGACGAUGUUCUAGACGAGUGGAGAACCAGAACUCUGAGACUACAACAGCUCGAGAGUCCAGAAAGCAGUUUCCUGCAGCCUUCGUGUAUCCAAUUCAAAAGGUUUGUUAUGCAUCGAGACAUCGCCAAGAAAAUAAAGAAGCUGGAUUCAAGACUUGAUCGGAUUACGAAAGAGAAAGAUCAGUUCAAAUUUGAUUAUGCAUCUAUAACACACACGUGUGCUGCAUCACACUCUGAUCAAGAAUCCAAACGAGUCACCACUACGUUUGAUGUGGAUGUGUCAGAGAUUCAAGGUCGGGAAUCCGAUGCCAGUGCUUUAAUAAGCAAGUUAGUGGGGAAUUCUGGAGAAGACGAAUCAAGAAAUGGAAAUGGUCCCCCUGUGAUUUCCAUAGUGGGCCCGGGAGGGAUAGGGAAAACUACCCUUGCUCUACUAGUCUUUGAGGAUGAACAGAUCAAGACCCAUUUUGGUGAUGAAAGGGUGUGUAUUUGUGUUUCCCACCCUUUUAACCAGAUCAAGAUUGCAAAAGCCAUUGUUGAGUUUACCACUAAAAGCUCCACAGAUCUGUCCCAACUCCAACUGUUACUGGAAAAGAUUCAAAGCACUUUGUCUGGGAAAAGGUUUCUACUUGUGUUGGAUGAUGUGUGGACCGAGCAGUAUGCAAUGUGGGAGCCAUUGAAGAACUCUCUCAAGGAUGGACUCCCCGGGAGUAGAAUUUUGGUGACCUCUAGGAGUGAAAGGGUUGCUAAAAUGAUGGCAAGUGUGUAUGUGCAUCAGUUGGAUCUAAUAUCUGACUCCGAAGCUUGGUUGUUGCUUAGCAAGAAAGCAUUUUCCGGGAGAAGGGAAGAGGAUUGUGAGAAACUGAAAGAUAUUGGUCAGAAAAUUGCUCAAAAGUGCAAAGGAUUGCCACUUGCUGCUAGGGUCAUGGGAAGCCUGCUAUGUUUCAAAGACACUAGGGAUGAUUGGCAAAAUGUUUUAGACAAUAAAAUUUGGGAGUUGGAUGAAGUGGUAACAGAACUCUUCCCUCAUUUGUAUCUAAGCUACGCUGAUUUGACCCCAAAGAUGAAGCAAUGUUUCUCAUACUGUGCUGUCUUUCCCAAAGAUUAUGAAAUAAAGGUAGAUAAGCUCAUCAGAAUUUGGAUGGCACAAGGUUACGUGACGAUGAAAUCAAAAGGCAGGGAGUUAUUUGGGGGUUUAGCAAUGCGCUCUUUCUUCCAAGAUUUGAGGAAAGAUCACAAGGAUUCCAACAUUAUCAUAUCUUGUAAAAUGCAUGACAUAGUGCAUGAUUUUGCCCAGUUUCUUACCAAAAAUCAAUGCUACAGUUUUGACGAGCACGAGGAUAAGGUUGGGAUUAAAAAUAUACGUCAUCUGUUCUGGCAAAACACCACGGAUUGGAAUGAGAAUCUCGCUUCCAUUUGUGAUAUUGGAAAACUUGGCAGCUUUUUUGCUGACAACCUUUCUCCCGAACAAUAUAUUCCAGAUUUGUUCAAUGGUCUGAAAUCCGUGAGAGUAUUAGGAUUGCAUAGCUGUGAGUUGGAAAAACUCCCAAAGAAGAUAGGAAAGUUGCUUCAUCUAAGGCUGCCGAAAGGGAUUGGAAAUUUGCAUGAGUUAAGACUACCCAAAGGGAUUGGCAAUUUGAUAAACUUGAGAGACCUUAACAUCAUAGGCACCAAGAGGCUGGAGAUGAUGCCCCAAGGUAUCGCAAAGCUAACUCAGCUUUGUGGUUUAAAUGUGUUUAAGGUGGGGAAAGAGUCAAGUAAGUUGGGAUACAUGGAGAACCUGAACCAACUCAAAGGGAAGCUAUCCAUACACUUUUUAUGCGAUAUGAAUAGCGCAGCAGAUGUGGAGGAAGCAGAGAAAGCAAAAUUGAGAAACAAGAAGAGCAUCAUAGAAUUGAGUUUCCAUUUCUGGGAGGGAGUCGAUGUGGGAAUAGAUGUGAUGGAAGCUCUGAAACCACCUCCAGAACUGCAAACCUUGAAACUUAAUCGGUACAAAGGACCCCACUCCCCUUCCUGGAUUACACUGUCCCUUGAUAAUCUACGGAUUCUUGAAAUUCGGGGGUGCAAAAAUUGUUCAACUUCUUUGCCUCCGUUAGGCAAACUGCCUUCUCUGGAGACUCUUUUCAUAAGUGGCAUGGAUGAGCUAAGAUAUGUUGGGAGUGAGUUUCUGGGAGUAGCGGAAGUAGGUGGUGUUGCUUUUCCAAAGCUGAAGAAAUUACAGUUCUACAAUUGUCCCGAGUGGGAGGAGUGGGAAGACUUCAAAGAAGAAGCAACAAUAAUAAUAAUGCCAUGCAUCAGGGAGUUGGAACUAUCUGGUUGCCGAAAACUUAAGGCAGUGUCACAUCAUCCCUUAUUUAGGCUGGAGUCUUUGAAGAUCAAGGACUCUCCGGUAGUCAAUGUGGGAAUAGAUGUGAUGGAAGCUCUGAAACCAUCUCCCAAACUGCAAACCUUGAAACUUAGUUGGUACGGAGGAACCCACUUCCCUUCCUGGAUUACAUUGUCCUCCUUUGAUAAUCUACGGAUUCUUGAAAUCAAAUGGUGCGUAAAUUGUUCAUCUUUGCCUCCAUUAGGCAAACUGCCUUCUCUGGAGACUCUUUUCAUAUGGGGCAUGAAAGAGCUAAGAUAUGUAGGGAGUGAGUUUUUGGGAGUAGCACAAGUAGGUGGCGUUGCUUUUCCAAAGCUGAAGAAAUUGGAGUUCUACCAUUGUUACGAGUGGGAGGAGUGGGAAGACUUCAAACAAGAAGCAACAACAAUAAUAAUAAUGCCAUGCAUCAAGGAGUUGGAACUAAAUAUAUGCCGGAAACUUAAGACAGUGCCACAUCACAUCUUAAGCAGGCUGGAGUUUUUGAAGAUCAACAACUGUCCAAAUCUCAAAGUUGAAUAUGAAAUGGUGACGUCAUGUGCUUCCGGGUAA